CCCCUGGACCCUGUGGGGCGGAAGCUGUGUGUGGCCUGGACCUUGGCUCUACCUCAGGGAGAGACGCUGUAGCUGUUGCUAGACGACCGGCACUCUUCCCCGUCACUUCCUCAGCUCGCCGUCGUCCCGCUCCUCAGGCCGGAACCGGGGGACCCGGAGCCGGAGUGGGCUCUUAGUUGCUCGACGCGGUCUCAGGACCCCGGCCAGCCCGGCGGCGGGAGACAGGGCCACGCCACCUGCAGGGAAGAACCCGAGCCGAGGCGGGAAGAUGGCUGCAGACAAGCUUGCAGAUCAGGGAAUGGAGAAGCAUGAAGGGACAGGCCAGUCUUCCGGGAUCACUGAUCAGGAGAAGGAGCUGUCCACUGGGGCUUUCCAGGCUUUCACGUCUGGAAAUUAUGAUGCCUGUCUGCAACACCUUGCCUGUCUACAAGAUAUAAACAAAGACGAUUAUAAAAUAAUUUUGAAUACAGCAGUAGCUGAGUUUUUUAAAAGUAAUCAGACAACAACAGAUAAUUUGAGACAAACACUUAACCAGCUGAAGAAUCAGGUCCACUCAGCUGUUGAAGAAAUGGAUGGAUUAGAUGAUGUUGAAAACAGCAUGUUGUAUUAUAACCAAGCAGUCAUUCUUUAUCAUCUGCGGCAGUAUACAGAGGCUAUCUCAGUUGGUGAAAAACUUUAUCAGUUCAUAGAACCUUUUGAAGAAAAAUUUGCCCAAGCAGUGUGUUUUCUGCUUGUAGACUUGUAUAUAUUAACCUACCAAGCUGAGAAAGCUUUGCAUCUUCUGGCUGUCUUAGAAAAAAUGAUUUCUCAGGGAAAUAAUAACAAAAAUGGAAAAAAUGAGGGUGGUAAUAAUACCAACAAAGAUGGAUCUAAUCAUAAAGCUGAAAGUGGAGCUCUAAUAGAAGCUGCAAAAUCAAAGAUACAUCAGUACAAAGUAAGAGCUUAUAUCCAAAUGAAGUCCCUGAAAGCAUGCAAAAGGGAAAUCAAGUCAGUGAUGAAUACAGCUGGAAAUUCUGCACCCUCCCUAUUUCUUAAAAGUAACUUUGAAUACUUAAGGGGCAAUUACCGAAAAGCUGUGAAACUAUUAAAUAGUUCAAACAUUGCUGAACAUCCAGGAUUUAUGAAAACAGGUGAAUGCUUGAGAUGCAUGUUUUGGAAUAAUCUUGGUUGUAUUCAUUUUGCCAUGAGCAAGCAUAAUUUAGGAAUAUUCUAUUUUAAGAAGGCUCUGCAGGAGAAUGACAAUGUCUGUGCACAGCUCAGUGCAGGUAGCACUGAUCCAGGCAAAAAAUUCUCAGGAAGACCCAUGUGUACGUUACUAACCAACAAGAGGUACGAGUUGCUAUAUAACUGUGGAAUUCAGCUUCUUCACAUUGGAAGGCCUCUCGCUGCCUUUGAGUGUUUGAUUGAAGCUGUUCAGGUUUAUCAUGCAAAUCCCCGACUUUGGCUCAGGCUGGCUGAAUGCUGUAUUGCUGCCAAUAAGGGGAGUUCUGAACAAGAAACUAAAGGUCUUCCAAGCAAAAAGGGAAUUGUACAAUCUAUUGUUGGUCAAGGCUAUCACCGUAAAAUUGUUCUGGCGUCACAGUCCAUACAGAAUACUGUAUAUAAUGAUGGGCAGUCUUCAGCUAUUCCUGUUGCCAGUAUGGAGUUUGCAGCCAUUUGUCUAAGAAAUGCCUUGUUGCUCUUACCUGAAGAACAGCAAGACCCAAAGCAGGAAAAUGGGUCUAAAAAUAGCAAUCAACUAGGAGGGACCACAGAAAGCAGCGAAAGCAGUGAAACAUGCAGUAGCAAAAGCCAUGAUGGUGACAAAUUCAUUCCAGCCCCACCUUCUUCUCCAUUAAGAAAACAAGAGUUAGAAAACUUAAAGUGCUCUAUACUUGCUUGCAGUGCUUAUGUGGCCCUGGCUUUAGGGGAUAACCUUAUGGCUUUGAACCAUGCAGAUAAACUUCUUCAGCAACCCAAGCUGUCCGGAUCUCUUAAGUUUUUGGGCCAUUUAUAUGCUGCAGAAGCCCUCAUCUCUCUCGACAGAAUAUCCGAUGCUAUUACUCAUUUGAACCCAGAGAAUGUCACUGAUGUCUCCUUAGGGAUCUCUUCAAAUGAGCAGGACCAAGGAUCAGACAAGGGUGACAAUGAAGCAAUGGAGUCCUCUGGGAAGCGGGCCCCACAGUGCUACCCCAGUUCUGUCAACUCUGCCCGGACUGUGAUGCUGUUCAACCUGGGCAGUGCGUAUUGCCUGAGGAGCGAGUACGACAAAGCCCGGAAGUGUCUGCACCAGGCGGCUUCAAUGAUCCAUCCUAAGGAGGUUCCCCCUGAGGCCAUCCUGCUGGCAGUCUAUCUGGAACUGCAGAAUGGUAAUACCCAGCUGGCCUUACAGAUCAUCAAAAGGAAUCAGCUCCUCCCUACCGUGAAGACACAUUCAGAAAUGAGAAAGAAGCCAGUGUUUCAGCCUGUGCACCCAAUCCAACCCAUCCAAAUGCCAGCCUUCACUGCUGUUCAGAGGAAGUGAUUGCUUUUGAGAAAGUCUCCUGACACAAAGGGCAGUAUUUACUCGUGUUUUCACUUGUAUCACUGCAGAAUGAAUGAAUAACAGACUGAGGUAAAGGAUGCAAGUUUUGAAGCACAGUUUUAAGACUGUUUUAUUCUUCUUGCCAGAAAGUUACUUAAAAUUAAGGAUUCACAAACUUGUUUUCAGCUAUUUUUCUUUUAAACUCUGACAGACUUAAUUUUGAACCAUUAUUUGAUCUAUGUGUCAUAGACAAUUAAAACAAGAUCCUG